UUUCGAACUCCUCUGUGGCAAAUCUUCUUUCACUUCUGAACAGAAGACAAAUCUUGGUUCUUGCUCGUACAAGUAAAAGGUUUGCUUCUGAGAAACAUCUUUCUUUUCUUUUGCUCUUGUUUUUCUUUCUCUUUGUUUCUUUCUUUCUGUUUCUCUGUCUCUCUUUCUUGAACGAAAAUAAACAGAGAAUUUGAGGAGAAGUUUUUGUUUUGUGUGCAUUUGGGUGUAAUGGGCAAUUGGAGAAAUCGUCCCACGCGUAGAAUUUUCCGUCAACAACGAGCUCCAUGGUCGCCCCCUGAACCGCACGACCCUGAUCCUCGUCCUGGAUUGCAAGAUGGUGUGCCUUUAUGGGAAAAGAAGUUUUGCGCUUUGGUUGGAUCAAUCCCAUGGGGGAAGGUAGUAGACGCCAAGAAGUUUAUGUAUUGCCACAACAAUAUACUUAGUUGGAAUGAUUCUGCUGGUGAAGAGGCAUUUCAAAACGCGAAGAAACGUUUUUGGGCAAAGAUCAAUGGACUCCAAUGUGAUAUCUCUCUUCCUGAUCCGGAUGUUUACAUUGGUGACAUAGAUUGGAACCCUACCAUUGAUCCUGAUCUGAUUAAGGAAUUGGAUCGAGAUUGCUUUGCUCCCGAUGAGGAAGAAAUGAAUACAAAGGUGUGGCGUCAAAACAAAAAGACAAAAAACUCAGUGUCUGUUCCUUCAGAAGGGCAUACUAUGAACCAUGAAAAUAAUGUCAAUCCUUGGGAAUGUAACAAUAUGCAGGAUAGUGGAGCUUCAAAAAAUAAAGCACAGGGAUGGAACCAGUUGGAAGACAAUAACAAUGAUUCAAGAAAUUUGAAUAAUGGCGAUAACCCUUGGGAGCCCAGCCUCACUCAAUGCAAUGGAGGUACGAUAGAAAACGCAUGGGGUCAUUGUGGCGAUAAGUCAUGGGAUUGGAAUAAGGUGGGAAAACAUGUCAACCAGCCAAGGAAUUGGGACGAAGGUGGCAAUUCUUGGGAGCAUGGCAAAGGAUGGAGUGAUCUUGGGAAUAAAGCUUGGGGCUGGAACCAGCAGGAGCCAAAGAAUUUGGAUAAUAGUAACCAUCCUUGGGAAAGCAGAUUUAAUCCAAAUAGAGGAUGGAGAGAUUGUGGGGGAAAUGCACGGGGUUGGAAACAAUGGGACAACAAUAAUAAUAAUGAGCUAAGGCAUGGGGAAUUUAGAAGAACUGGUGAAGGUCGGGGAGCCCGUAUGGAGGGUUGCUGGAAAAGGGAAGGUUCUCAUCCAUAUGUAGCUACAAAAGGCUCUAUGUUUCAAGGCAAUGGUAAUCAAAGAGGUGAUUGCUGGAGGAGGGGGCAAACUAAGAAGAGGGUCAGUUUUGCCCCCUGAGUAGUGAUGCAGAUUUGGCCUUCUGUUUUUUGCUAGUAGAUUUUGUCACUUGCUGAGUAGUAAGUGAUGGACAUCAGCCCCAUAUUGCAAAACUGUCCAUGGAGUUGGGAGAAGCUGGUUUUGCAGAUGUUAUGGAGCUAUGUAUCUUGUGUUGUUUUCAUACCUCAUAACCAAGGGCAAGUGGUGGGCUUGUGGAAUGCAAUUUUUUCAACACCUAGAAGGGAUGAAAUAUUAAAGUCCCAGAGUUGCAGAAAAGUAAAGGAAUCUCGUAUUUGUAGUUGAGGAACACAUCGAUUUUUUGGACCUCAUAUGAUCGAUGUGGCUUGUGUUUCUUUUACUUACCCGAGUUGCGAGAGUUUUUUGUUGAUUGAGAUCUUACAGCAGAUUCUGUUAUUUGCCAAUUUCAUACAGCCUUGUUAUAGCGUUAUCUUUUGCAGUUGGUGAUAAAGAUCACUUUUAUGGAGCAGAGUGCUUGGAAACAUUCCAACUUAAAAGUUCAAAGCAAUGGAAUUCGUAAUGUUUAUUUUGGUGUAAAUAGUUAGGGAAAUUGGUAUUUACUCUUUUACUGCAAUC